AUGCCUGCUCCACACGGUGGUAUUUUAAAAGAUUUGAUUGCACGUGAUGCUUCUAAAAAACAAGCUUUGUUGGAAGAAACUAAAAAUUCCAAGCAUAAUUGGACCUUAACUCCAAGACAAGUUUGUGAUAUCGAAUUGAUUUUAAAUGGUGGUUUUUCCCCAUUGGAAGGAUUCCUUAAUGAAAAGGACUAUUUAUCUGUUGUUAAUCAAUCUAGACUAUCAGACGGGUUGGUUUGGACCAUUCCAAUUACUUUUGAUGUCGAUGAAAAAUUUGCUUCUACAUUGGCAAAAGGUGAUAGAAUUAGUCUGUUUCAAGAUGGUGAAAUUCCAAUUGCCGUUCUUACAGUUGAAGAUAUUUACAGACCAAAUAAGGUUCUGGAAGCUGAAAAGGUUUUCAGAGGGGAUCCGGAUCAUCCAGCUGUUGUAUAUUUAAAUGAAGUAGCUGGUGAUGUUUACGUUGGUGGUUCCGUUGAAGCAAUUCAGUUACCCGUGCACUACGAUUACCCAGGGUUGAGAAAGACUCCUAGUCAAUUGAGAUCUGAAUUUGAUUCUAAAAAUUGGGAUCGUAUUGUUGCCUUUCAAACCCGUAAUCCAAUGCAUAGAGCUCAUAGAGAAUUAACCGUUAGAGCGGCAAGGGAACAAAACGCCAAAUUAUUAAUCCAUCCUGUUGUCGGUAUGACCAAACCAGGUGAUAUUGACCAUCAUACCCGUGUUAGAGUAUACCAGGAAAUCAUUAAGCGUUAUCCAAAUGGUAUGGCACAAUUAUCCUUGUUGCCAUUAGCCAUGAGAAUGGGCGGUGAUAGAGAGGCUGUCUGGCAUUGUAUUAUUAGAAAGAAUUAUGGUUGCACGCAUCAUAUCAUUGGUAGAGAUCACGCUGGUGUCAAAAACUCUAAAGGUGAUGAUAUCUAUGGACCAUAUGAUGCACAGGACUUGUGUAAGCAUUUCGAAGAAGAGCUAGGCAUUGAUAUUGUUCCAUUCAAGAUGGUUACUUAUUUGCCCGACGAAAAAAGAUAUGCUCCAAUUGAUACUAUUGAUUUAAAUGUUACAAAGACAUUAAACAUUAGCGGUACUGAAUUGCGUCGUCGUUUAAGAGAAGGUGGCGAAAUCCCAGAAUGGUUUUCUUAUGCAGAAGUUGCCAAGAUUUUAAGAGAAAAUUCUCCACCAAGAGACAAGCAAGGUUUUGUUAUACAACUUUCUAGCACUGUUGGUGAGAAUUUAAGCAUUAAUCAACUAAGCAUUGCGUUAUUGUCUACAUUUUUACAAUUCGGUGGUGGUAGACAUUACAAGAUUUUCAAAAUAGAUGCUCAAAAUAAUGAUUUGGUUUAUGAUUUUGUUAAAAGUGGUUCCGGUUUAAUAGUUCCUAAUACUUUGGAAAAUGUGAAUUUAAAAAAUGUUUCUGAUAAUGUCUAUAUUGUUGGUACUUCUAGCGAACAUGCUGAUAUUGUUGUUGGGUCUAAAGAUAAUAUAUUGCAUAUUGUUCAAAAAGUUGUUUUAUUUUUGGAAGAUAAUGGUUAUUUUAAGUUUUAG